AUGGAUCCAUUUUUCAUACCACCCGUUUAUCCUCCUCUUCCUGUCCGCCCUAUUCCUCCUCCGCCGCCGCCGCCGCCACCACAACCACCUCCCUUGUCUGAUUCAUGCGCUUCCAUGCAACUACAUGAAAAUACAUCUGAUGGGCCUUAUCACGAAGACCGAAAAAUCCGCUAUCCAUCACCACAGGACACAAGAUGUACAUCUCCAGCUGUCGCUCUAAUACAGCCCGGUCCGACCAAGCCCAGAAUCCCCUCAAUCUGGUUCCGUGUUGCGGGAUUAGUCGCGUUCGUCGUUGUCAAGUUAUUGGGAGUCAGACGUCGCGCAAAACGUCACAAGAUAUGGGAAUUAAGGCGUGUCAUGGCUGCGAGACGAGAGGAGUUGCGCAGCCUUCGCCGCGAGAAAGAUCUGGCAGACAAUGGCUUCAUGCAAGCUGUUCGAGAACGCUUGAUCACUGAAGGAGAGUUCGUGAUCUUGCCAGUCAAAGAGAUCCAACAGCAUUUCGAGCGAAUGCAAGCAGCACGAAACGUCUAUUGUUCUGCCGAGUUGGCCUACGAAGCAAUGGAGCAAGAACUUGAGACGGAAGAGCAGGAGCUAACGAGAAUGGAGACGAGUCUUCCAGCCUUACAUGGAGAUCCAUUGGCGAGGCAUCCAACUGCAGUACAAGGUGAUAAUAGUUUGAACGACCAAGCCCAAGAGGAGAACUCAAGCGCAAAAGACCAGUCAUCACUUCGCACCCCGGACAUCCUACUUGGGAUCUCCGCUGAACUGGAAGAUGAUAUACAUCCCCUUUAUGGUCAGCUCCUAGAUGCUGCUGCGAAACUCAACUCUGCAGAGGACUUCUGUGAAGAAAUUGAGGUCGACCGCGAGCGACUUUUGUCCGAUCUGGAACGGCAGUUCCUCUUGCGGAAGCACUUGACAGGAGACAAUGUUACUGACGACGACUUAAAGUCUUUCCGAUCAUCACUGGUCAAUAUUCCUGAUACGAUGAAGGAGUUCGAGGCACGCUUUGGACUGUCAAUCAAUCAGGGAGAUUACGAGUUCCUCCGCGACUAUGAGAGUUUGGCCAAGGAAGCACGCGAAAAGGUCGACCAAGCAUCACGACGCCUCACAUACCUUCGGGAACUGUGCUUGAGUAAAGGAGUGAUGCGCAAACAUCCCACAUUCCAAGAGGAGGUUGCCAUAUUUUCAAACGUUCCUGACUGGUCCCCACAUCCAGAUGACGGCAUGAUUGACAUUGGACCAACACACCAUCUUCUUCACUCCCAUCUUCAGCGUGCUCAACCUGCUCACGACCCUUUCAAAACGUCUCCUGGUUCUGUUAAACCAAGCGCACUUGCUCAUCCGCUGUUCUCAAUCCUCAUGUCAAAUCCCACCUAUAUCCUCCAACUCCUUUCCCCCAUCAAGGCAUUAGCACGAGUGCUAGCGCUGCCCAAAACAGAUCCAACCACGGCACAACUUCGUGCUGAGUGCAUGAAAGAAAUUGGUAUUUUGAAGCUGAUGAAGGCUUCCGUUAAAAACAAAGUUGACUUUGUCAACCAAUGGUUGAUGCACCGUGUACGUACCUGCCGUCUUGAGUGCAUGGUGCUGCUUGCCACAACCCAGCUUGUUUUUCAAAAAGCCAGCAGACGCCUAACUAAUCUACGACGCUGGCAAGAGGAGGUGUUAUACUGGUGGCCUAAAGACGGUGCCGCACAUGGCAGCUAUUGGGAUGAAUGGCAUGGUAGUCUCCCUGUCAGCUCUGACAGUCAGGAGCAGAGUGUCAAGAGCUGCAUGGAAAAUAACAGCGUGGGCAUGCCUGAAAAGGAUAAAAGGACGGAUGAUGGGACCAUUACCUACGACUCACUACUCAGUUCGUUCAUGGCAUUAAGCUCUGCCAUCCAGGUGGAACGGACAGAGGAAAGGGCGGACGAUGUCCCAACAGCCAUACCAUCUCCGACAGACCCAAAUCAUUCUGGGGAUAGAAGGGUGGCUGACAACUCAUCUCCGAGUUCAGUUAUGGCAUCACCGAUUGCCAUCCGUGAAGAACAGACAAAUGUGAGCACAGAACAUGCACUUACUUCGGGACAUACGCAUCACAACGACAAUGACAGAAACGUAACCAACAGUUCUCCUGCGAGUUCAGUUAAGCCGCCACAUCCUGUCAUUCAGGACGAAGAACGCACAGAGAUUACAGCGCAGCAUGUUGAGACACCUGCAGCAGCGGUGGGAAAUCUCCAAAACGAGCUAUCCGGUACCGAGAAUGGGUAUUCAGAUGUGGGAAGCUCCAUCAAAAAGACAAACCCCGACGCUGAUCAGCAUCAAGGGAUAGCGGGCCGCCAUGGUCAACACAACCCUCCGCCCGAUUUCCAUUUAAGAAAACUAUGGAGAUCGGUUGCUCGGAUAGUGAGGAGUGCUUUCCAAAACUGA